AUGAGUUUGUUUAGUGAAGCAAAAAAAUGUCUUCAUGAAUCAUUACAGCAACAGUGCUUAAAUCAAAAGUCAGCUAAAUAUAAUGAAGCAAAAAGGCUUUUUACGGGUUUAACAGAUCUUGAUUAUAAACCUGGCCAUACAGAACAUAUAUUUUAUAAAUACUGGCUUGCAUCUAAUGAUCGUGCUAGCUCAGCUAAUAAAAAUGAUACUGCGCUUUUAGAUACAUAUCAACCUGAAGAGAUUCAUUCUCAAUAUAUAGUUCGAGUAGCAAGAAAAGGCUAUACAGUGAUUGAUUAUCCUUCCGAAGUUUAUGGAAUACCUGAUGCCCAUGAAUGUAUUGAUGGAAAUCAACCCCUUCAUUUAGUAAUCAAUAUUGACGCGAGGCAAAAGCCUGAUCCUUCUAAUCUUAAACUUCCUUCUCUAGAUAAUGAAAAAAUUAAUCAUGAGGAUUUGAUAUCUUGA